AUGAUUAUAGUAGAUAUUGUAAGUACCUAUUUAAGUAAAGUAUUAUGCCUAUAUUAUCGUAUUAAGAUACUAUUACCAUAUAUUUUAGGUACCUACACCUUCAAGUAUACAAUAUUAUAUGCUUGUAAUUUCAAACCAUCAUACAAUUAAUAAUAUUGACGUAUUAAUAUUCUAGUAUUUAAAUUAUUUUAUUUAAGAUAUUCGAUCAUUCGGGCAAAGGUAACGCGGCCACAAUCACGUCUAAAAAAGAUGUACCAGGAUCGUAUUGUGGCGAAAUUGAACAACCGCAAACUUUCAUGUCUGAGACAAGUUCAGUUCGUAUUAUAUUUCAGACAAAUAAUUUUACGGACCAAACUUAUUAUAGUUUCGAUUCAAGAGCCGAACAAGAAACUCAAGUAUACUUACGAUAUGGACAACAUCCGGAACUCUAUCCUAAUAGAAGAGGCAUACUGAAUCCCGGGUUAGAAAUAUAAUCAUUACAGUACCUAUAUUUUAUGAUGAAAAAUGUGAUCCCCUUAAGUGAUCACGAAAUUACAAAUGUAUAUCAUACACAGUUACGCACAAUUUUUUAUUAAUAUUUAGACAAAGUGUGUUACCUAUUGUAGGUAGUUAAUAGUCAUCUAGCUAUUUGACACCAGUGGCGGCACCAGAACUUUUACUUCAGGUGGGCCAAGCUGAGGCUAAUAUUUUCCUUGAUAUACCUAUGUAUCAAUCCGGCGGGGAUUAUUGUGUAAAAAUUAUUUAAUAGGCAUUAUAAAUAUUUUUUUUUAAUAAUAAUUAUUUAAUAUUAUAUACCGAUUUUCCCUGUUUUUCACAUUUGCUGGGAAAACUCCUGAAAAAUCGAAAAAUGACCUCCUUUAAGUACCAGCCCAAGACAAUUUUCUUUCAGAAAAAGAUCUACAUCAUAUACAUCGAACUUAUCGAAGUAAAUUUUCUUGUAGGAAAAGUGUUCACACAAAAAAAUAAAAAUUUUAAAAAUGAACAUCUUUGUAAAACCAACACAUUUUUCGCUACACUCAGAAUCUAAAAUAUAACUAUGAUCUCUACAUUUCUUCGUAUAUCUAUGUAUUUAAAAAUAUAAUAUAUAAUGUAAAACAGAAUUUCUUUGUAAUCAUACAGGGUGGGCCGCACCAUGGCCCACCCCUGGCGCCGCCACUGUUUGACACUUAUAAAGUUUUAAUAAAUACGAUAAGAACAACUAUUUUUAUAAUAACAUGAGUAUAGGUAGGUACUUAAUCAAUGAUAAUGUAGUCUAUUGAAUUAUUUAUUUCUUUAUAUAAAUCAAUGGAUACUUUAGGAGUUACUGUGACAGAAUAUUUAAGGAAUGUAGACUUCAAACGUGCUAUGUUCAAAGUCCAGCGUAUCCAGGAGUGUAUCCAAGAAAUUUAAAAUGCAAUUAUUGGUUGAACACUAAAAAUAAGUUUAUCAAGCUGUAUAUACAAAAUGAAGAAUUCAACGUAGACGGUCAGCGUUGUGAAAAUAUAAUCACAUGCCCAAUGAGACCGAUCACUUCAGGUACCUACAGUUAAAUAACUAAAUUGACCCAUUUAGAGUUAAUAUAUAGGUAGGUAACAGACCCGUAGCCACGGGAGUAAAGUGGAGCAUUUCUCCCUGGACCUAAUUUGUUUCCCCCCAACAAAUAUACGAACCUACUUAAUAUUGUUUUUGUCUAAUGUCCCCUCCUAAAAUUUGGUUUGCCCCACCUGAUGAUUUGGUCUGGCUACGGGCUUGGUAAUUAAUAACUAUUAAUUAAUGAUCUAUAUGAAAACUAAUGUUAAACAUGUAUUUCAGGAGCUGAAUAUUGUCCGUAUGAUUACAUAAGAAUAUACGAUGGUAAAAAUGCAUCAAGUCCAGAGAUUGGAACUUUUUGUGGAAUGGGAAAAUUUCCACAUUCAAUCGUUGGUACAAGUGAAGAUUUGUUUGUGGAAUUCAUUACAUCUCCAGCAGGUAUGAAACUAUUAACUUGUAUAAUAUAUAGGUAAAUAGGUAAUAAAAACUAAAAUCAUUUAAUCAGUAUGGAAACUAACAAAUAAUAUAUAUUGUAGUAUUUACAAGUGAGCCGAAAGAAAAAUAUUAAUACAUACAAUCUACAAAGACAAAUAAAAAAUAUAUCACCCUAUUUAUAAUGUAAUGCACCUAUUUCAACGAAAUUUUUUUAUUCGGAAAUCUUUAUUUUUAAACGUGAUGUGAGUUUUACCUACGGUUGAAUAACUUAAUUAACAUAAAUCUUACAGCACAUUCAUUAUACAGUGAAAUUUGUUAUUCUAACUUAUAACAUAUAAGUCAACAAAUUAUUAUUGCCAUCAAAAGUUUCGAUAAACUGUAUAUAAGCUUAUUUUACUCUAAUAUCUUGUUGUUUAUUUUAUGCUCUUUCUUAUAUGUAAUAUGAGUUCAGUAUGACUAUUUAAACUAUAUAUAAAGUAAUGGAAAAGCAAAUAUAGGUGUGAGUAAUAUAACGUAUAGGUAGGUACUACUUAUUCUAUAAAAACUUUGAAAUUAAAAUUAAAAUAUCUGAUUUAAAUUGUGUGCCCACAUAAAAUAUAAUAACAAUCAACCGGUGAUAAUUAAUUAUCAUUAAUUACUUGUAAAAGUUUGAUAAAAACACAUCGUAGGUGAAACUGUUAAAAUAAAAUACCUAUACGUAUUAAAACUGUUUAAACGCUAUUAGGCAUUUAACUGUUUUUCAAAAGAAAAUUAUUUAUAAUUGUAUGUAACUAACUGAUUUAAAUUUUGAAUAUAAUAUUGUUUGUCGUUUAUUUUGAAGGUCCACUUUUAAACACUGGUUUUCAUUUUAAUGUUGGUGUUAUGCCCGGUCACAUGCAAACUGCUGGGAAAAAGAAUGGUUCCUGUGAUUGGAUAUUAUCCAGCGAGCAUUUAAACCAAGAUCAUCAUACCGAGGGUAUUUUUAUGUCAAUUUCUCACUGGUAUCCUCCGCAUACUUCUUGUACAUAUCAUUUAUUGGGCCUGUCGAAUCAAAUAGUACGAGUCUAUUUUCCAAGGUAUUGCCGACAUAAUUAAUGUAUUAAUAGUUAACUGCACAUUUUUGAACUUAGAUUAGUUGAUAUACUUAUUAACACAAAUUUGUCAGUUAAACCUAAUAAUCCAUAAAUUAAUAUUUAUAAAAAGAAAAACCUCUUACAUGAAGUUUGUAAAUAUUGGUUAGGUUGGGAAAUAAAAAAACCUUAAUUAUCUAAAUUGUCUAAAUGGAAGUUUUUAAUUAGUCUGGUAUAUUAAACGUUUGCAUUAGAUACGUUAACUUUAAUUAUUUGAAAAAUAAUCAUCAAAUUUUGAUUGUAACGUUGCAUUUCAGGCGAAUAGCAUUAAACCCCAAAGUCAUAAUCCUUAUUUAUGACUGUAAAAUUAUCCAUGUGUACAAAUCUUGAUAAAAAAUAAUAAUAAUAUGACUUUAAAUUUAAAAUUUAGUUUUAGAGUUAAUAGCAUUGAAAGUCCUGUAACGAGUGAUUGGACCGGCGACUGUGGCGAAAGUUUAACGCUUUACGAUGCUGCAGAACCAGACGAUACAAAGAUUAUAAAAACAUUUUGUGAUACUUUUUCAAAACCAGCUGAAAAACACGAUUUUGUUUCAACAGGGAAUUCCAUGUUUAUUCGAUUCGAAAGCAAAACCGGCAGUUAUUCGGGGUAAAAGUUUGAAUAAAAUAGAAUACUAAUAGAUAGGUGUACUUAAAAUAGCUAAAAAUCAAAAUAGUUCGAAUAAUUAUUCAUAUAUUGUUUUUUUUUUUUUUUUUUUACACUUGUUGAAAUAAAGAUUUGUUUUCACAGGUCGUCAUUAUAUUAUUGGGCUCAUUAUGAUUUUUUCAACAACACAAAAUUUGGUACUGCUGUACCGGAUACGGUAUGUGACGAAGAAUUCGUUAGCUGGAAGCCAUCAUCGGGGUAUUUUAGAUCACCAGUGAACACACUGGUUUAUAAACGUCAAGGAACAGUAACGAAUCCCGAUGUAAAAUCUCUACCGAUAGUGUGUCGUUAUAAAUUUACAACGGACAUCCGGCUGUUUGCGCGUAUCGUUUUGAGAAUCGAAUCAAUACAAUUCAAGGUAUUUAAGUACCUACUGUUUGACACAUUCCAUAUUAUAUUGAUAUGUUUAAUAUUAUAAUAAUAUAAACUGAAAAUUGGCACUACUACAGUGAUCUGUAUCUCAAAUGACGUGCAAGUAUAAUUAUUACAAACAGCCAAUAUGUUUUAUGAUAAUGACUAAUACAGGUACUUAUUGUAUUUUCAUGUGCUUGUUUGAUAAGCGCAGUGUCUUUUACUGAGUCAUUAUGUACACCUAGCCGACGUUAGAUUGAUGUGGGCGUUGGACAGUACCUACAAUAAUAAUAUUUACUCUAGCAAUUCAUUUUAAUUCGUUGUUUUUACUUGCGAAUGCCCUUUACUACAAGUUAAAAACUAUUUUAUGUUACGAUAGUAUAACACUGAAAUGUAUACAAAAAGCAAAGUUAUUUAUCAUAAUUAUUCGUCAUUAUAAUGAUUUUAUGAGUUCUAAAACCUUAAAUUUAAAUACAUUUUUAGGUAGCACAAAAAAAAAAAAUCUAAUUCUGUAGAUAUUUUAUUGUUCCCCGGUUGGUAUUAAAUUGUGUAAUGUUUAAUAAAGUUUAAUUCAAGUUUAUAGUGUUUCCGCUGGGUAAAAACCUAUUUCAGGAAUUUAACAGCCAAUGUGGUUGGCUAAAAUUUUAUUCUGAUGUUUUACAGGAUCAUGAUUAUAGGAUACCCAUUGAAAAGGACAGUAACUGUUGGUACAGUGAACGUGACAAAUUACUAAUAUGGGAGCCGGAGGAGACCAACGAAACGGCGUUUGGCGUGAACCGAACGGUUAUCAAUCAGUCCAACUCAAACAAAAUAAACGGCCUGUGUUUAUUCAACAAUAUUAAUAAAACUGAAACCACUGCUCCGAAUACCGGAGGAAUAAAAUUUAUAUCGUCCGGAAACUCGUUGAAUGUCGAGUUAAGCUUGAAUCCAUUAUACGCAGCCAUUAGUUAUUUCACGCACGACGUGCCAUUGUUUGAAGCCAGGUACGAAUUCGUACACGGUCCUCUGUGCGGACCAUCAAUUAUUCAACCCGUUGACGAAGGCGAGCUUAUAUUCCCGCGAUUCGAUGCCAUGGGAUUUGUUGAGCCGCCGAAAACUCUCGAAUGUAUUUGGGAGAUACGCGUUCACGAGGAUAAGGAUUUGUGGUUAAAUUUCAAUCAGGUGAUUAUAAUGUACGGUUUAUCUAAGAUUGCCCGUACACACACACACACACACACACACACACACUCUACAUAUAAUAAUUUACUUGCACACGCGUACAAACUCGUGCUGGAAAACGUAUAAUUUAUUUAUUUCAAAUUUAUCUAUUCGUAUAUUAUGGAGUUCUACUUAUAGGUUACCAGUAGAAAACAACAUAUAUAUAUAUAUAUAUAUAUAUAUAUUAUAUUAUUAUAUAUUAUAUAUUAUGUAUUAUUGCAUUAUUUAAUCGAUUUCUCGAGAUCAACGAAAUUCUUAGGUUGUUAGGAAAAUAUUGGCCCACUAUGUCAUAACAUGUCAUAUAGGUAUGCAUUUUUUUUUUUUUUAUUAUUAUUAUUUGAUCUAAAUCGUAUAAGUGUAUGGAUUUUCGAAAUAUAGUUUUCUUGUAUUGAGAACUAUGCAAAAUUCACUUAAGGUCUACUUCCCUGGAACCAAAGAUGUUUAUUUCUUUGUACUAAACUUAGGUAAUUGGAUACUCAAUUGCACGGUACACUAUAUACAAAUUACGAGCGUAGAGAGCUAUAAUAAGUAUGUAUUCAGUCUCUGUUCACUUUGGGUGAUCAUUAUUCUAAUUGGACAAAAGCUUGUAUGGGUGAUCUCGAUUAAAUCUCGUAUGUGCUAAAAAUCGCUGUGAAUACGGUACAAAGGAAAAGUCACUAAUCAGUGUGACAUUAUAAUAUUAUACGAAGUCGAUGUUGUAAUUUUUCGAUGAACAUUAGGUACAAAAAUUACUGUUUUAUACCUACCAAAAAUUGCUUGUUUUAUUCUUCUUCUUGUAACGGCAUUGUUACUAUCUGAAAGUUGUUGCCGUCAUUACUAUACUUCACACAUCUCCAUCUUGAACAACUUUUUUUCCAGUUUUGAAUUCCUAUUCCUUGAAUCCUGUUUUACAUUGUCAAUUCAUCCGUUCUCGGGUAUUUUUCCCAGAGGCUUCCACUCUAUAGCUAGGUACCCUAAUCUUCGUCUAUGCCUCUGUCCGUUUGCCGCUGUUUCGUCGAUGAUGGGUUCACUUUUUUUUCGGAUGGGAAUGGGGGAGUUUCCGGGUGAUGGUCACUGUGGGGGUGUUAAUAAGAUUUCUCUUUUAAAUUCCCUGUGUAAUAUCUUAUAAUGUACUAGUAAUAUACUGAUGUUGUGUUCAACUUGAUCCACUGUUUCAACUACGUACACCGAGGAAUUCGAUUAUCUAUACCAAUGCAGUGCAUUUCGUUCGCCAAAUGUAAGGUAAACCCUAAAAGUAUGUUCUUAUUAGAUAUGAAAAAAAAACCUAAUGUUGUAUGUGAAAGCGUUGCGACCGUAUGCAACGAUGGCGGAUCCAGGAGGAGGGAGGGGGAGACAGAAGCAAAAGUUUUUACUUCAGCAAAUAAUUAAUUUUUUAACGCAUACAUAAUACGAGAUUUUUAAGGAAGAAAAGCGGUGAGGAGCGAUGAAUGUAUUGAUUGUACUCUAAUGUGUUUAUUUUUGUCUUUAAACAAAUUUCCUACCGGUAAUCUUACUUCAAUCGAAAAAUAAGUUAACAAUGGUUUAUCGGUGCUUACAGGUAUAAAUUAAAUAACCUAAUGUGUCCUACCUUUUCAAUUUCCCACCUACCAACAACAGUAGCUGCAUCUAUCACCGGUAUUACCUCUUUUUUGUCUUUUUUUUUUUUCUGCUUAGUAGUCAUUUUUUUUUUUUUUAAAACCCUCCCUCCCAAAAUUCAACUCCGGAUCAGCCACUGACGUACAGUUCUAGUGUACUCGAAAAGGCUAAGUACUACAAUAACGUGUAAACAUUGUUGCAGAUUAAUUUCGUGUCGGACUCUUGUCGGGACGGCCGGCUGGAGGUGUACCUGCCGUCGAGAUCCGCGGACUACCCAUUUAUGUCGGCGUGUGGGCACAACGCUACCGCGCUCAAAGACUUGCCGCUAUUGACGUCCAAAGAAGUCGAAGAAGCUCCGAUCGAAGCGUCUUCGUCAUCGGCAUCAGUCAUCGGCGAGUCGUCGCGACACCGGCACAACGGUCGGCGGCGUCGGCGGUACGUUCACGUCCGGUUCGUGGGCAACGCUUACCCGCACAAGUCCCAGUUCAAAAUCGCGUGGUCCGAGCUGACCCACUUGCCCAAGAACCAGGACGGCACGCAGCGCACGGCCCGACGGACCGCGGCUGACUUCGACGGAGACGCAGAGUGCGCGUUUUCGUGCCCGGGCGACAAGCGCCUGUGCCUGCCCGCCCGGUCGGUGUGUAACGGAGUGAUCAAUUGUCCCGGGGCCCUCAACGACGAGUCGCCCUCCACGUGCGAUGAAUGGUACCGGGACGGUCACCCCCGGACCGCUUCCACGUCGUUCGGCGAUUACGCACCGUCGUCGGCCGUUAUGCUGUUCGGCGCCGUCACCGCGGCCAUAAUUGUGUUCGGCGUCGCUUUGUUCGCGGGCAACGCGUACUGCCGCCGACGACGACCGACGUCGGCGUCCGGUUGUCGCGCGUUGGCCGACAGCAGGUCGUCCGACCUAAUUUAUUCUACGGUAAUUUAUACGUAAAUUAUCUCAUCGCAUUAUUACAACUUAUGCGCGGUGACGUAACCGUAAUUUUUUUGAAGGGGGAGUGUCAUAUGUCUACAUUAUAAAUAAAAACACGUUUUUUUUUUUUUUAAUACAUUUACACGGAUACAGGGGAGUGUUCAUGCCAUAGACCCGAUAAUAUAGGUGUUUACAGUGUAUAUGUUUAUAGGUCUGUGGUCCAGACACCCAAAACACCUCACCCCCUAGUUGAGCCACUGCUUAUGAGUACCUGUCGGAGCAAAAAAAAAAAAAACCCUGUAGAUUUAAUGAGAUAAAUAAAUGUAGUUAAUUUUCGAUAAGUUCCAAUCACGAAUUUAUAGAACGUUAAUUGGUAUCAAAGCUAAAUCCCUUUGUUCUCGAUUCAUAGAAGUCUAAGCAAGUUAAUAUAGAAAACACUUCGGUUGGUAAAAUCGAUCCAAUAAAACAUCGCACCCACAUGCCGUCAUACGGACAUCCGUCUAGCGGUACUUUAUUCAAAACAUUUUAUAAACGCCAACAGUUUCAAUCUAUGAUUGACAAUAAUAAUAAUAAAUGGCGGCAUACCGAUUUUAAAGAAAAAUUAUGAAUAACUUGGUUGUCUGACGUUUUGAAGCUGGCUGGGUUUUUAAAAUUUAAAUUACGCGAUUGAAUUUUUUACCGGAUUGAAUUGAAUAGGAUUGUAUUAAUAAAACUUGACUAACUCAACCAGUAACCGAGCAAGGCUGCUUAAUUUUUCGGUGACAUUGGUCUCAUAACAUAUGCUCCUGACGAAUCAAGAAUCCGUUGUAAAUGUAUAAUAUAGAUACCAGCUGUAUAAUUGUAUUGUACUGUAUGAUUUGAUAAUCGCUACAAUUACUAGAAGUAUAAACGCUUCGUUUACACUGUAGAGUUGUCAAAAUUAAGUACUAUUGUAGUUUUGUACCUACAUUAAUUGUUCCACAGGACUAUUAA